AUGAUGGGCUACGACGACGACGAUGGAGAGGGAAGCCGCCUAUUCGAACAUCGCACAAGCGACGCCCACAGCAUGGUCCCCCGAUCAGAGCUCGUCGUGUACGACCCCCAGAAGCAGGUCUUUGGCCUCCAGAUGUAUUCCUGGAGCAAGAAGGGCCUCAUGCCCGACCCGGGAAGCCUCGUCGUGUACAUCGACGGCGCCUGCCGCGACGUCGGCACCCCCUCGGCCCGGGGCUCGUGGGGCGUCUACUUCGGCCCGGGGUCCCGGCACAACCGCCGCGGGCUGCUCGCGCCGGCGCUGGCCCAGACCAGCGCGCGCGCCGAGAUCGAGGCCCUCGCCCGGGCGCUGGACGCUCUCCGCGAGGUCACCGCCCGCGACCGCUCUCUGACCCAGAUCAAGAUCGCGACGGGCUCCGAGUACCUGGCCAACGCCAUGUCUCUCUGGAUCGGGGACUGGAUCGAGAACGAGGGGAUCAACGCCAGGGGCCACAGGGUCGCGCACUUUGAGACGCUGAGGGAGCUGCACGAGCGGUUGGAUGACAUGACGUACGGCGACGAUGGCGGGCUAGAUGUCAUGUUUUGGCCCAUUCCGCGAGAGGAGAACGAGGAGGCCCAUAAGUUGGCCAACGAGGCUUUCCAGUAG